AUUGACGCAUCGCUAUCAUCUCCAUUGAAAACUUCAGUGUUAUUUGCAUUUCGACAGUUACAAAAAAAUGGUGUUUUUCAAUAUGUGAAAAGUUCCGAGAUUCAUAUACAACUGCAAAAAAUGACAGAUAACACGUCGUCUUUUUGGUUCGCCAUCAACAACGGAACUAUGGAAGAAGAAGAGGCGGAUGGUUUUGGUGGAAUACUAGACUAUAAGAGCGCAUAUAGUUAUUGGGUGCCUUUUACUUUUGUAGUGAGCGUAAUAAAAGAUGUUAUAUUAAGUUUUGUAAUGAUAGUUGUCGAAUCAUUCGCGAUAUAUUUAUUCUGUCGGUUUAAGAAAUUGAGACAAAAUUUGAACAUUUACAUUUUCAAUAUGUGUUUCUUAGAUAUUUUUGCGCAGUGGAAAUCCAUAAUAGAGUUUUUUAAUUCAUUUGUUUUAUUUUCGAGCUCAUCCAAAUGUGAUCGGUGUUUCUGUUUCAUUAUACAAAUGUAUAAAUGUUGUUUGGCUUUGUAUUAUAUUCUUUCUCUUUGUCUUGCUUUAGAAUGGUUUGUUAUUUCUUACAGUCCGCACUUCUCUCCUUUCUCUAGCUGUCUUCGGAUAACGUUUGUUGUUAUUUUGAAUUCAUCAUUCCUAGCACUUUCUUUUUUUGCUUCUUUUUGCGUAGACUGUUAUUGUAAUUGGACUGAAACCCUCAUUUACGGUGUAUACUUGAUAUUUAUAUUAAAUCUGAUUAUCUUAAAUAUAUUAGUUUAUAAGAGUAAGUUGAAAAAACUCUACUCCCAUACGUCGUAUGUUUUUGAAGUAUCAAAUAUGGUAGCGAUAAGUUUUUUCUUUCUUAUUACUUACCAUAUUUUCAUAUCGUACUUUGAUAUUGGUUUUGUGUUUGACAUGAUCAUACUUUUUACAAUAUUCAUACCUCAAACUCUAGCUCAUAUACAUUUUUUGAUGAUAAUCUUAAUUUUGUUUAAAUAUAACAUCGACGUUAGAAAUGUUUUAACUCGCCAUUUUAGAGGCUUGGAGGAAUUCAAUGAUGAUCAAUUUUUAACUAAGAAUGUGGUAAAUUGUAAUACUUAUGUCCAUGCAGAUAACUUUGGUAGCGUAGAGGACACAAGAAGAAUAAGUAGUUUUAUAUAAUGUAUGGAAUGAUAAAUAUAAAUAUUGAUAUUCA